CCGGUCAGACGUCGUUGCGUAAGCGUGGGUUGCCGAGUCAUGGCAUGGGUAGCUGUUGUCUAACGCAUGACGCUGCAAGGACAAACUGCUGGAGCUGUUAAGCGGAGAGCCGCAAUGACAGAGCCGUAGCGAGGACCACCCCGCCGCCGCUUUGCUUCCUACGGCUGUUCGCGUUAAACAGGCACGGAGCUGGUUAGCCACCACAAGCCGGUUAAUCGAGCCGCUCACGGCUAAUCUCUGGAGGCUCCGCGUUAUCUGGUUCCGACAGGCAAGCCGCCAGCCAUGGCGUUGAUCCGGAGCUACUGCGAGGCGAACACCUCCAUCUCCCACACCUGGGUGGACCAGGGCAUCUCCCCCUGCUUCUACUUCACCCUGGUCCCCAGCAUCCUGCUGGCCGUCGCCUUCUUCCUCGGCACCGUCCACUGCAUCUGCUACCAGAAGUACGGCACCUCCAUGGAGGCCAAGUUCAUCCCCCGCUCCCGCCUCUACGCCGUCCAGCUGGCCCUCACCGUGCUCCUCCUGCUGCAGUUCCUGGGCGGGCUGGUGUGGCGGGCGGCCGGCGGCGGUGGGGGCGGCGGGGAGCUCCCGGGUUACGCGGUGCUGUACGGCUGCUUCUCCACCCUGGGGUGGGGCUGGGCUCUGGGGCUGCUGCGGGUGGAGAGGCGGCGGGUCCCGCUGAUGGACCGGACGCGGGGCCACAGCACGGCGCUGCUGGUCUUCUGGGCGCUGGCGUUCUCUGCCGAGAACCUGGCCUUCGUCUCCUGGUACAGCCCCCACUGGUGGUGGAGCCGGGAGACCACUCAGAAAGAGGUGGAGUUCGCUCUGUGGGUGGUCCGCUACGUCUGCACGGGGCUGCUCUUCUUCGUCGGCCUUAAAGCCCCCGGCUUGCCCCGAAGACCCUACAUGCUUCUUAUAAACGAGGACGAGCGGGACGUGGAGAACGGCACGCAGAGCUUGCUGGGCAGGACGGAGGAGAGCCAGUCCACCUGGCAGGGAUUCAGGAAGAAGGUGCAGCUGCUCGUUCCCUACAUGUGGCCCCGGGGCAACAUCGUUCUCCAGCUGCUGGUGCUCUUCUGCCUGGGACUGCUGGGAGUGGAGAGAGCCAUCAACGUCUUCGUGCCCAUCUAUUACAAGAAUAUCGUGAACGAGUUGACGGACGGCAGCAGCUGGCCGGCCGUGGCUUCCACGGUGGCGGUGUACGUCGGGCUGAAGUUCCUGCAGGGCGGAGGAGCGGGCGCCUCGGGGUUCGUCAGCAACCUGCGCUCGUUCCUCUGGAUCCGCGUGCAGCAGUACACCAACCGGGUGGUCCAGGUGCGCCUGUUCGCCCACCUGCACUCCCUCUCCCUGCGCUGGCACCUGGGCCGCAAGACCGGGGACGUGCUGCGGAGCAUCGACCGCGGCACCUCGUCCAUCAACAGCCUGCUCAGCUACAUCGUGUUCAGCAUCUUCCCAACCAUCGCCGACAUCGUCAUUUCCAUCAUCUACUUCGUCACUUACUUCAACGCCUGGUUCGGCCUGAUCGUCUUCAUCUGCAUGACCUGUUACCUCACUCUCACCAUCAUCAUCACCGAGUGGAGAACCAAGUACAGGCGAGACAUGAAUCUGCAGGACAACGCCGCCAAGUCCAAGGCCGUGGACUCCCUGUUGAACUUUGAGACGGUAAAAUAUUAUAACGCGGAGAACUAUGAAGUCAGCCGGUUUGAACAGUUCAUCUUGAAGUAUCAGGCUUCAGAGUGGAUGACUCAGGCGUCCCUCGCCUUACUCAAUCAAACCCAGAACCUGGUCAUCGGAUCUGGCCUGCUGGCCGGCUCGUUACUCUGUGCCUAUUUUGUCACCGAGGGGAGAUUUAAGGUCGGAGACUUUGUGCUGUUCGGUACCUACAUCAUCCAGCUGUACACCCCUCUGAACUGGUUUGGAACCUACUACAGAAUGAUCCAAAACUCCUUCAUCGACAUGGAGAGCAUGUUCAAGCUGUUUGAGGAGGAAGAAGAGGUGAAGGACGACGUAAACGCAGGGAAUCUGCUGUACAAGCUGGGAAGGGUGGAGUUUGACCAUGUUUACUUCAGCUACACUAACGGGAAGGAGAUUCUCAGGGACGUUUCCUUCACCGUUCUUCCAGGACAGUCCGUUGCACUGGUUGGACCGUCAGGAUCCGGGAAAAGCACCAUCCUUCGCCUGCUUUUCCGCUUUUAUAACGUUCAGGGAGGCUGCAUUCGCAUCGAUGGGCAGGAUAUCUCAAAAGUUAAGCAGACGUCUCUGCGCGCUCACAUCGGCGUGGUUCCCCAGGAUACGGUGCUGUUCAAUGACACGAUCAGGGAGAACAUUCGCUACGGUCGCAUCACCGCCUCCGACCAGGAGGUGGAGGAGGCGGCAAUAGCUGCAGAUAUACACGAUAAAAUCAUGGGCUUCCCUGAAGGCUACGACACGCAGGUGGGUGAGAGGGGUCUGAAGCUGAGCGGAGGUGAGAAGCAGAGGGUUGCUAUCGCCAGAACGAUCCUGAAGGCGCCUCAGAUCAUCCUGCUGGACGAGGCGACCUCUGCUCUGGACACGCAGACCGAGCGCAACAUCCAGGCCUCUCUGGCUAAAGUCUGCACCAGCCGCACAACGAUCGUCGUAGCGCACAGGUUGUCCACCAUCAUCGGAGCGGACCAGAUCCUGGUGAUCAGCGAGGGUCGGAUCGCCGAGCGAGGAGGGCACGAAGAGCUGAUGUCCAAAGGAGGUCUGUACGCGGACAUGUGGACGAAGCAACAGCAGGCCCACGACGCGGAUUCCUCAUCGGACACCGAGGCGAAAGAUCGCCAGUCUGAGAAACUACAGCCAGCGUCCGCUUCUUCAGCCCAGCAGGGGCAUUGAAUGUAUUUAUUGCUUCAAGCAACAACAACAACAACAACAAAAAGUGCGUUUUUGUACUUUUUCAAAGAUUUCAGGCUUUAUUAUUAAGUAACAGAACACAGAGCGGUGUGAUAAUGUUAUUUAUUUUUAGGUGAUUUCAAGUACAAGUGCAAUGUCAGGUAGAAAAGGGAAGGUGCCUUUAAAAACUGAACGAUGGUGUUCUUGUCGUGGCUGAUCUGGUUUUAUAUCAAGAUGUUGGGCAAAAUGUCGGCAUAAGAUCAAUGAACAAGCGUCAGGUUUAAGAUGCUUAAACUGAACAAUUUAAGCAGCACUUCAGCUACCUGUUUGGGUUUUUUUAUUUGACUUUUUUUUGUUUUUUAUAAUUUGAAGUUACUUUGUUGUCUGGGAUGUGUUUGAAAAAUGAAAAACU